UUUACCAGACACCCUUCCUCAAAAUUAGGGCUCCCAUCUCUGUCUCUCCGUCUCUAUGUUUCUGUUUCUGUCUCAUCGUCAUAUCCUUUUUAGGGUUUGCACAAUUCUUCUCUCUCUCCUGGGCCAUGGGAGGUUAAUUAAUGAGAGAUAGAAAGAACAAUCCAUUGAUCCCAUGGGUACCUGCUUCUCUCUUCAGGCCAAGGGAUAUCUCUUGAAGAGAACCAAACGCCCCAAACCCUUACCGGAGAAGAGUAACGAUUCCUCGGCCUCGGAGACACAGCAGCAGCAGCGAUCGGAGAGAUCAAAGAGCCGAAUCUCUCGUCAGCUAACAAUCUUGAAAGAACCCAUCUUGAAAGAACCGUCGGGCGAUGACGUCUACAAACGGUACGAAUUUGGGAAGGAGCUGGGGAGGGGAGAGUUCGGGAUCACGUACAAAUGUGUGAACACAGAAACAGGGGAAACCCUAGCGUGCAAGAAGAUAUCGAAGAAUCGGCUGAAGACGGAGGUCGAUGUGCAGGAUGUGAGGAGAGAGGUGGAGAUCAUGAUUCAUUUGCCUUCUCACCCUAACAUUGUCAAGUACAAGGAGGUCUACGAGGACAGAGAUGCUGUUUAUCUUUUGAUGGAGCUCUGUCAGGGAGGAGAACUCUUCGAUCGCAUCGUCGACAGAGGCCAUUACACCGAGAGAGCUGCUGUCACCAUCCUCAAGACCAUUGUCCAGGUCGUCCAGAUAUGCCACAAACAUGGAGUAAUGCACAGGGACCUUAAACCAGAAAACUUUUUAUAUGCAAGUGUUAGUGAAAAUGCUCCACUGAAGGCAAUUGAUUUUGGCCUUUCCAUGUUUUUUGAGCCUGGUCAGCGUUUCAGUGAAAUUGUAGGAAGCCCAUAUUACAUGGCUCCUGAAGUUCUUAAACGUAACUAUGGACCGGAAAUAGAUAUAUGGAGUGCAGGUGUUAUUCUGUACAUUUUACUAUGUGGAGUUCCUCCUUUUUGGGCAGAAACUGAAGAAGAAAUUGCACAUAGCAUUGUCCGGAGCAAGCUAAAAUUUGAGAGGGAUCCUUGGCCGAAGGUUUCUGAAGAUGCUAAGGAGCUUGUAAAGGGCAUGCUCGAUCCAAAUCCUUACAACCGUAUGACAAUUGAAGAAGUCCUAGAACAUAGAUGGAUACAGAAUGCGGAUGAAGCCCCAACUGUUCCCUUGGGAGACAUUGUCAGAACAAGAAUAAAGCAAUUCUCCUUGAUGAAUAAGUUCAAGAAGAAAGUCCUCAGAGUUGUAGCAGACAACUUGCCAGAUGAACAAAUAGCUGGAAUCAAAAAGAUUUUCAAUAUGAUGGACACUGACAAAAAUGGGAAACUUACUAUUGAAGAACUCAGAGAUGGGCUCAAGAUGAUUGGACAACCUGUCCCUGAUACAGAUGUGGAGAUGUUGAUGGAGGCUGCGGAUGUUGAUGGAAGUGGCACCCUAAGCUGCGAAGAAUUUCUAACAAUGUCAGUGCACCUUAGAAGGAUCAACAAUGAUGACCAACUGCAUCAAGCUUUUCACCACUUCGACAAGAAUGCGAAUGGGUACAUAGAGGUUGAAGAGCUGAGAGAAGCCUUCUUAUAUGACAACCUUGGUACGGACAAUGACCAGAUCAUAGAGGACAUCAUAUUUGAUGCUGACACAGAUAAGGAUGGGCAGAUCAGCUUCGAAGAGUUUAAGGCGAUGAUGAAAAGCGGCAUGGAUUGGAAGAUGGCUUCUCGGCAGUACUCGAGGGCAAUGCUACAAGCUCUUAGCCUCAAAUUGUUCAAAGACAAAUCUUUGGAGUUGAAAGAUUAAAUGUACAUUAUAAGGUAAUGCAAAUAUGAGCUUCCUUACAAUCUCUCUUCUUCUUGUUGCAAAUUAAAACAAUCAAAUAUUCCAAAAAAAAAAAAAGGCAAUGACACCC